AGUCAUUCUUUCUUACGAUUUAUUAUCGGUGAAAUCGCUUUGGCAUUGAUGAGACCAAGAUUCUCGAAGGUGCUUGUAAAUUUUUCGUUCUUUUAUUUAUUUUCCGUUUCUUAACAUGAUUGAAGGUCGCGCCAAUGAAUUACCCGACUUUCAAGUCUUUCAAACAGUAGUAAAAUACUGUUUGGUAAUUAUAAUCGUACCGGUUAUUUCAUUCUUCACUGCUAAGAUAGUACUUUUCGAUAGCCUUUUGCGAUUGGAUAUAACUACGAGCAGCGUAUACUCCGCCGUUGUGGCCGUCCUUGUACUGCAUGUGACUCUCGGUCUCUACAUUUACAAAGCUUAUGGUACAACGGAUACCGCACCGCCUGCGAAACCAGUGAAGAAGGAUUAA